AUGGAGAGCUCAACAUCGAAGGUAGAGGUCAUCAUAAAGCCUAUGCUGCUUAAAGCUGGGAUUCCUUUAGCAUUGUAUGUGGCUGGUUUCAUCUGUGCAAAACUUAUGGCUAAAAGAAGCUUGAAUCCUAGAGAGAUAUCAGAAGCUGAUGAUCAGGUGCUUAGAGAUGGGGAUAGCUCUUAUAAAAGUUUGGAGAUUGGAUAUAAUAAACACGAAUUGGAGGAAGAGAUUUCGCUCCUAAGAAUCCGACUUGAUGAUCUUCAAAACAGAGAAUCUGAGUUGGAGAUGCAAUUUAUCCGCUACUGUGACUUGAAAGAGAAAUAA